GCACCGAUUUUCCGCGGUGGCUUGUCGAUUGACUCGACUAUGCUGGCGAUCGAUCAAGAUUACAUCAAUUUUACAUCACGUUGUUUUCACACAAAAUUUCAUAUUUUUGUCGUUUCUCAAAAUUUUAACCGAGUUAAGGCCCAUCUUUACUUUAGCGCGUGUACCAACGGAAAGAGUCUUGAACUUGUGUCCUUUCUUCUGAAACAACCGGGAGUCAACAUCAAUUUUCAGGGACAGGACGGUCACACAGCUUUGCACAGCGCUUGCUAUAAUGGACAUUUGGCUGUUGUUCAGUUCCUUUUGGACAAUGGCGCCGACCCGACAAUAUCCGCUCGUUUCGGCACCGCAAAGUCGACUGUCUGCAACGGUAAUUCGUUUGACGGUGAGGCGGAUAUGUCUCAUCAAGACGAUCAGACACCGAUCGUGUGGGCUUAUGAGCGAGGUCACGACAGCAUCGUGACGUUCAUGAAGUGCUACCGUCCUGAAGGCGACGACGGAUCUUACGUUCCUUUGCCAUCUCCACUUGGAAAAUUGAAGAGUAUGACGAAAGAAAAGGCUGAAGUACUGCAGCUGCGCUCGUUUUUGUCCAGCCAGUACCACUUAAAAUUAGGUGAUAUCGAUUUUCAAGAAUCAAUUGGAUCCGGAUCGUUUGGCAAAGUUUACAAAGGCGUUUAUAUGGGUAGAAAGGUUGCAGUAAAGAGAUAUCGUCCUGCGGUGUUCGGCAGUAAGUCUGACGUUGACAUGUUCUGCCGUGAAGUGUCAAUUCUGAGUCGAUUAAACAGCCCGUACGUGGUCAGUUUCAUCGGCGCUUGCUUGGAUGACCCGAGUCAAUUUGCGAUCGUCACUGGCUUCGUCGCAGGCGGUUCCUUGUUUAGCCUGCUCCACGAGCAAAAGAGGAUACUGGAUGGAAAGGUGAAGUUUACUAUCGGUCUGGACGUGGCACGUGGCAUGCAAUAUCUCCACCAGCUGGUACCGUCUGUUAUUCACCGCGACCUAAAUUCUCAUAACAUACUGCUUAAAGAGAAUUGUCGAGCCGUGCUGGCUGACUUUGGCGAGUCUCGUUUUCUCACCGCGACCGACUAUGACAACAUGACUAAACAACCGGGGAACUUGCGCUGGAUGGCACCUGAAAUUUUCAUGCAAGGCAGUCGAUAUAACACGAAGGCUGACGUGUUCAGUUACGCUUUAUGCCUGUGGGAAAUCUAUUCUGGCGAACUUCCGUUUGCUCAUCUGAAGCCAGCGGCUGCCGCUGCGGAAAUGGCGUACAAAAAUAGUCGUCCGGAGUUGAACUAUCACGUACCGAAAGUUAUUCACAAAGUGAUCCAGGAAUCUUGGGCACCAAAUGCAGACGUAAGUGGUGGUUUACUGUUUUAUGUUUAA